AUGUUAGGCCUCAGCAGUUUCACCGGUCGGCGCAGGGCUAUUUUUCUGGCCCUGGCAACCGCUGCGUCGCUCAUAUGUCUCGCCAAUUUAUAUUUUCUCGACAGCGCCUUCGAUGGCACGGUCAGUCGCAUUCCCGGGGCCGCAAUAUUUAGGCACAAGCAAAAAACCCUGCAAGGUAGCCUCGCCCGCGAGGGACACCCGAUCGUGGGGUUGAUGCAAGAUGCAAAUGAACAAUGGCAGCGAUACCAGGAAGAUCGCUCACGAAGCUUCCGCCAGACCGUCGCCAAGUACCGUCAAAUUAACGGGCGUCAUCCUCCUCCGGGGUUCAAAGAAUGGUAUCAGUACGCGCGUGAGAGGAACGUGUACAAUGUCGACGACUUCCAGCAGAUCAUGGCGGACCUACGACCCUUCUGGGCGAUCCCGCCCAAGGAUAUUCGAAAGAUGGCUGCGCACCUACAACACAGUGAUGGCAUUGCCGGCGUGAGCAUCCGAGAUCAUAAACCGGUGCCCUUGAAAGUGGAGGGAUGGCGAGUGGAAAGUCUCUUCCAAAUCGUGCGCAAGCUAGCACCGUAUCUGCCGGACAUGGAUAUUGCGAUGAAUGUGAUGGACCAGCCUCGAAUCUUGGUCACUUUUGACGACGUGCAAAAUUAUCUCGCAGUAGAAGAGAGCACGAGAUCCCUCCCGCCCAAUGCAACGGACGGCUUCACAUCGCAGAUGCAGUAUUUCUAUGACGACUCGAUGGACGGCGGCAAAGGGGCAAGGGCAGCAGAAGACCACAAUACCAACAGCCACAAGGAGACAUUAGACCCAGCUUGGUUUUCUGCGGCGGGAAAGCCGUACAUGGAAUUUGCCAAAGAUGCUUGUCCGCCCGAAUCGCCCGCGCGAAACAAUAGCAUCUCGGGGGCCGAGGCGGAAGCUACGUUCAAAGCCUCUGUGGGUGGCUUCGUGGCCAACUUUACCGCCGCGUCGGAUCUCUGCACUGUUGGCCCAGCCAUCGGUGACCAACAUGGCUUCCUCUCCUCAGCUUCAAGUAACGUCAUCUCGAGGAAGCUUCUCCCUGUGUUCAGCGAAUGCAAGGUCAGCGUGAACAACGACAUUCUCUUUCCUGCCAACAUGUACUUCCUGAAGGACAAACGCUACCAUUACCAAUCCCAACAUGACUACGAGUGGGAAGAUAAAACCGACUCCUUAAUAUGGCGUGGUGUGACAUCUGGUGGCAUUCAGGUCGAGGAUAAUUGGCAUCGCCUGCAUCGACAACGCUUUGUGCGCCUGGCCAAUGCCACGGAGAUGGACCUGGAAAAGGUUUCUAUUCUCGCCAAAAAUGACCAUGGAGACUAUCACUUGAUUGAGGACUUCAAUCCCUCCGACUUUGCCGCCUCCAACUUUGACGUCGGCUUCACUGAGGCGAUCGCCUGUAUUCCCGGCGACUGUCCCUUUUACAAAGACGUGUGGACAUACAAGAAACCCGAACCAUUCUCGGAACAGUUCAAAUCCAAGUAUUUGGUCGACCUGGACGGCCACAGCUUCUCUGGUCGAUGGCGGGCCUUCCUCCAGAGCAAAUCACUUGGUGUUAAGGCUACCAUUUUCCGGGAAUGGCAUGAUUCUCGACUCUUCGCCUGGCGCCAUUUUGUCCCGAUGGACAACAAAUAUGGCGAGUUUUACUCCUUGAUGACUUACUUCCUUGGACUUGAGCCAUCCGCUUCUCCGGAAGAUCUACGCCGCCAUCAACCCACUGUUCCCCGUCACGAUCUCGAGGCUGAAGUGAUUGCCACUCAGGGCCGCGAGUGGGCUAACUUGGCUCUACGGGACGAUGAUCUGUACAUCUACAUGUACCUUUUACUCCUGGAGUAUGGUCGGGUCAUUGAUGACAACCGGGAGCACAUUGGAUACAGUGGAGAUGGAAGCGAGCUGGAUCUUUUCGACACAAAACAUCCUUUUCCUUCGGCAUUGGCCCAACUGCUCGAUGGCCAAUGA